ACCGCGCCCCCGUGUGGCCGUGAGCGGCAGUUCGGCUUCAUUCACCGUGUCACACCAACUCGCAUUGUCUGGAGCGGAGAGUGGCGUGCCGAGCUCACUUGCUCCCAGCGCCGGCACAAUGAGCAGCUGUCCGCCGCGCUCGGCAUGGACCCGGACGGACUAGCCCGCCGGAUCAUCUGACCCACCCGUCCAGGAGCACUAUGUCGCGCGGCACACGGGAGCAGAACUCGAACCCUGACGGGUUUCUGGUUCUCGGCACCAGUGAGCUCCGGGAUCUGUUAGACGAUGAAGACAAAAUGCACCAGAUUGUCCGGCUCAGCGCAAAGUUUCAGGAGCUGCAGGUGGACAGAGAGACCAUGCUGACUACCAACCGCAGCUUGGCUGAGGAGAGCCUGUCCCGCCAGCCAGGACUUCAGAACGGCAAACUACAGCUGGCAGACAAGUACCGGAAACUGGAGCACUUGGCCACAGUGUGCCAGGAGAAGCAGAGACGUCUGGAGGCCUACAUACAGAAGCGGAGCCCCCAGGUGGCCCGGACUCUUCUGCAGGAAGAGGUGUCCCGAGCUGAGGAGGAAUCUGAGGACCUUCUAGAGAAGUUCAUGGAAGGCAGCCUGCCCCUUGAAGGGUUUCUGGAUUCUUUCCAAAGCAUCCGGAAGAUCUGCCACAUCCGCCGUGCUCAGGCUGAGAAAAUCCAGGAGCUGCUGAAACCCAACCAGAAUCUCAGGAAACCCAAAAACUCUGGAGAAGAGAAAAAAACAGCCCAGCAGGAGCCCCCUUCCAAUGGGUUUUCUGCUCAGGGGCCACCCCGAGUUUUCCAACUGCGUUACGGCCUCACCCCGGCCAUAUUGCUGCCCCAUUUCCCGCUCCCCUCCACCUCAGCCAUAGCCCAUGCUGCAAGCCUACCUCCUCUGGACUCUCAGCCAGGCCAGACCCAGGCUUUGGGGCCUAGUGCUCCCCAUUCUAUCCCUGGCCAGCCAGUGGGCCUGAGAGUGAUUGGACAGCUUCCUGGGUGGCCUGCCAGGCCUGUGCGUUUGCAACAGAUCUGUCGGCAACACAACCACCACCAGCCAGAGCCCCCAUACCGAUAAUGUUUUAGCAACCCCACUCUGGACUUACAGUAUACUGCCAUAGUCGCCACAUUGAGACUCGCAGGUUUAUAACAGACACUUUCAGGAGCUUGAAGGAUUCCUGUUAUCGGCAAGGUUUUGACAGAAAAGGUUUUUUCCGAACUUUUAUAUUCUUCCACAGCUGGCACUAAUGAAGUUAAUAAAUUAAGUUGAAUUUCAUUAAAUUGUUCAUAAAGGGUUUUUGUUGAAAGUGAAAACAAGAUCUAACAUUUGAAAUAAUGUGCUUAUGUGUAUUUGAUUUACCCAUAAUCAUUUUUCCAACAAAUUCUAGCCAAUUAAUCACCUGGAAGUCUAAAACCUAGGGUUUCAAUGAUACAUUUGUCCCAAUAGCAUAUGAAGAAACACAAAAAGGUGUAAACUCAUAUGGAAGCCAUAGAAGUGGUUUACCUAUAGGUAUAAAAUUCACCACUGAACUGUGAAGAAUGAAAACUAGACAUCAUUCAUCUAUUUAUUCCUAUAUUCUUUGAAUGACGCUAUGACCUUUUGACUUGAAAAGUACUUCAUCAAGCCCUUGUGUGUGCCACAGAUAGUAUAACUAAUAGUCUUUCAUAUUAGGCGGGGGCUGUAUUUUGUCAGAAGCGUGUGAUUGUGUCUUGGUGUGAUUUGAGAAGAGCUUUGGUUUGGAAGCGUCAGGAUUUUGUUUUGGUUGCAAUUAGAAGUGAACUCUAACAACUGGUAUGUAUGUCUUCAUUGGAUCAGAAGAUAACAAGCUACAUGUCUUAAUGUAUAUUCUAGACAAGUUAACUAGCGUUUGCACACAAUGCACUGCCUUGAUGUAAUUUUUUGAGCCUGUAUCACCUCCUGGCUUGGCAAAGCUACUCAGUCCAUUCUGGAUUUCAAUUCUAUUUCACACAAUCAGUCUUUUUCAUGUCUGGACCAUUUCACUGCUUCUGUUAAAUUUGGCAAAGCCUUUUCAGAUCUUUCCAUUCUGCCCUAUUUCACUUUCUGAGGAUUUAUCAGGUUCCACAGCAUAGACAUAAUAUAGCAAAGACUCCCAAGCUGUGUUCACAAGUACCCUUUGCAAUAAUGAAUGAAGAAAAAAAUGUUUUCUACCCACAAUCAAGAACAGGUGCCCGUGGAAUCUUUGACAUUUGCUAAUCAAAUAAAGGCACUGCAAGCUGUCUACACAUAGUAAUUGUGUUGGUUUGCAGUGCUGUCUGUGUGCAGAUGCACAAUGCUCUUAAGAGAAGUCUCUUGUGAGAAGAAAUAUGUAGUCACUCCUGUGGUUUAUGCUCCUGAUGAAGACUGCAUAAGGAAAGUAAUGAGAAACCACAAAUCGUCUAAAUUUCAAUAAGAUAUUAAAUAUGAAAAGGGGAAAAUGUGAGCUACAGAACUGGGAAUUCAAAAUGUGAUGUGCAUCCUACUGUACAUCUUGUACAGUGGGUUGUUGACGUAUUUAUAAUAUAUAAAAUGUUGUGGUGGUGGAGUGGU